GAUGGAUUUCUGUCACCGACAGAACUUGCCGAGUACGACAAGUCAUCGAUGGCGAGAGUGGAAGGGAUGUAUAACGACUACCUGGCUAACAGUUUCACAAUGCAUUUUACAAUUCCCACCUAUUUUCUUGAGGAAGCUGACAUCAAUGAUGACCACUAUGUUUCCUACAAAGAAGGAGUAGACUACGCCGAAAAUGUGCUGAAAGUUCACGCGGAUGACAACUGGGAUCGUCUUUUCCACGAAAAAGACUUCAACAGUGAUGGCAAACUCAGCAAAAAAGAGUUUAUGAGUCUUGUCUCAUCAUGGUAUCGAGGCGAUUACAAUCUCAAAUUCAACGACUACACUGUGACGUCACCAAAUCCAACAAACUGA